AGCCCUAGGAAUGCACUUUCCGCCUCCACAUACACAAAAUCUUAGCAGAACAAACACAGAAAACUGUAAAACUUUAACGGAUGUAUUGCAUACACAAAAUCUUAGCUAGAAUCUCUUAAGAUUUGUGUACAUAGUGAAGGAUAUUGCCUCUGGCUGUAUCAACAAACAAGUAAAUAAAAGUCUAAACUAGAGCUACAAAUGGCCCGAUCAAGGCGAAAAUACAGAAAAUCAAGACCCAAAGUUCAGGUUGGCCUCCCCAAACUCAAACCCCAUGUUUUCAAGCCUGCCUUUACGGUUCCAGAGAAGCUCAGGGCAGUUACAAGUGGGCAGUGGGAUGAGGAGGGCAGCGUUUUGCAGAACUAUCGGUCUUUUGGGGUGGUUUCAAAUCCAAAUUUGAUAGGUGCGCUCAGUCGUUCUAAGAAGGUUAUAGAGAGCGAAAGUUUGCAGCAGCCUCCUGCGCCUGAGCCCAUUCAGGUCGAUAUCAAUGGAGAAAUCAAGGAUCCCGAGUUUCAAGUCAUUGACAGUGGCAGUGACUUGGAAGAGGAUGAUUUAAAAUCUGCACUUGGAAAGAGACGAAGGGAUGGGAAAACUGCACCUUUACAAACGCUUACAACCAUGCAACGUGUAUAUGUUAGUAGGCUUAUUUCAAAGUAUGGGAAUGACUACAAGGCUAUGUCAAGGGACUUGAAGCUAAAUGCAAUGCAACACUCACCUGCAGCUCUCCAGAAACUGUGCAAAAGAUUUCAUGCUAAUGAAAAGUUGUAUGUUCCUUAAACAGUGAGCAUAUCACAAUGCAAAUAUUUUGAGAUUUAUGUUCAUUUUAUUUGGUCUUGGCUUCUCAGAAUGCUACCAAUUGUUGAUUAACCACUUUGUGAGACAUGCCUGUCAUUAAUGUUUGAUCUACCUCACCUCUUUUUUGAGCUCACCUGUUAGAUUUUUUGGGGCAUCAUUGAUGGGUCUAGCAAUCCAACCAACCACAACGGUUGCCGUUGUAUUUUGUAACUUAACUCUCAACUUGAUUCCAAUUGUAUUGGUAAAUGGUAGGAUGUCAGAGGAACAUAUGGUGUAAUUUGAAACAUAUAUCUGUGAGACGUGAAAGUGCUCAGUCUUGGAGAACUGAUAUCUUCAAGACAGGCUUCAAUAUGGUUUCCCAAUUUUGUUGCUCGUCAAUGAACAAGAAGAUUUAGGAUUCA